AUGGCGGAUUUUGAUGCUAUAUAUGAGGAAGAAGAAGAAAAUGAUGAGCCGAUGGAUGAUCCCUACGUUAAAAUGGUACCUGAUCCCGUUGUCGUGAGGGGGGCUGGAAACAUGACUGUAUUUGGGUUAAGCAAUAGAUUCGAUUCAGAAUUUCCUACUGGUUUAGUAUCGAGGGUGGCACCUGAAGAAUUUCAAGCUACCAUAAUGAGAAUAAAUAGUAUUCUUAAAAAAACACUUCCAGUAAAUGUUAAAUGGUUAUUUUGCGGUUGCAUUUGCUGUUGUUGUACAUUAGGUUGUUCUCUAUGGCCUGUUAUAUGUCUUAGCAAAAGAACUCAACACUCUUUAGAUAAAUUAUUAGAAUGGGAAAAUAAUCAUUUGUAUCAUAAAUUAGGACUUCAUUGGAGGUUGGCUAAACAAAGAUGCGAUUCAUCAUCAAUGAUGGAAUAUGUUCUCCUAAUUGAAUUUAUACCUAAAUUACCAAUUUAUCGGCCUGAUUAA